CGAGGCGAGAUGCAGUGAAAAUCGCAUCCCGUGCUGCUGCGCAGCAGUAUUCAAUAGUUUAUCGUUGUAAUUCCAAGCCACAAGCCACCAGUAGUGUAUUAUUUUGAAGUACAAAAAAAUAGACGGCAAUAGAUUCGGCAAACGGAUGGAGAGAAAGCAGCAUUGUUUAUAAUUGAGGAUCGUGGUUUAUUUAUUCCGAGGAGAAAAUGAUAGGAGUUAUAUCGUAUGGUAACAGAAAACGUGAUACCGGUUGUUUUAAUAGCCAGAAGAGAGUACACAAUGGAAACUGUGCAACGCGUGCCAAGAAAGCACGAAAUUCACGCCGCCAUGCGAGCUGUGGUACCAGUGCUGGCCACGAGAGAGCGCUGGCGUCGAUCGACUGUGGCCGGCUACUGGUGGCGAACAAGAAACGAGCGAGAACGACGACUGUCAGGGCGAAAAAGAAGCGCCACCGAGCAGCGAAAGCAGCAAGCAACAGACGUAGCUCAGUGUCAGUGACAGCAGCUAGUAAAAAACAAGAACAACCACGAUCGACGAGUUCGGCCCGUAUAGCCGAUGGUGGUGCUGUUGGUAAGAUGUGCGAAAAUAAUCCCGUUCCGACUGGAGGCACGGGUAGAAAACGGGGUCACCAGCAUCAUCCGAGAUUCAGUGGUGGCAGGAAAUCGACGGUACCAGCGGAGGACGUGAUUGCAGCUUUGCGUGGUGCGUUCGACAGCAGCGGAACAUUCACGGGAGGCGGAGGUGGUAGCAUUAGCAGCAGCUCGUCAUCCUCGUCGCUAUUGACUAGCAGCAGUAUAGUAAACACAGACACAAUCAGCAAUGACGAAAAUGCAAAUCCCCAGCUAAGUGUCAUCGGAAAGGAGGAGGAAGACAAACAAAUGUUGAUGACAAUCGAUGCGGACAACGAUGAUGGCAAAUCCAACAAUGAUGACGAUGUUGUAAAUAAUAAUAGCACCAUUCAAUGCCAGGAUAUUCGCCAGAAAGUGGAGCCGUGCCGCGAUAGCAGUGAAAGUAUAAUUGAGGAUGUUACAAGGCCAACAGAGCAAACGGAUGAGUUGAAUGAUCGAAAACAAAACAAAGGCAGCAGCAGCAACAGCAACAGAAAUAGUCUAGUUAGUAGCGACCUAAGCAAUAGUACCACUAGUAAUGUGAUAGUCAUAGACGAUGACGAGGACGAAGAUGGAAGAGAAAGUGUUGCUAGCGGAGAACCGAUGGAAGUGUCCAAACAGGGCGAAACGGUCAGCAGUCAGGAGCUAGUCAAGGAAGUGAGUAAGAAACUGAAACGCAGCAAGAAGAGUCCGUCCUCAGAUGAUUCCAGUAACGCAAGCGUCGUGAGCCGGAAGAAACCCAGCAGCAAAAAGUCUUCCAAAACAUCCGAUGGUAGCGGCAAACUGCGGAAGAAGGUACGAGCGUCAGCGGGCGAUGGUUCGAGGCUGGAACGGGCGUCCGGAGAUGGAGCACCGAGCGACGAUGGAAUCGCAGCGGACGAAAACGAUCCCGAUGUGGCGGAAUGGGCCAAGCUGAGGUGCACCAGCGAGCGGACAGAGGUCAUCGCCGAACGGGAACAUCGGAGACAGAAGCGGUGCGCAGACUAUCCAGGGCUGGCCUUCGGACGGUCCAUCUUUAGCUCGGACACGAUGAUGAAGUUCAACAUAAUUCGAAACGAACUGCACAACAUCAUGAAAACGCAACUAAAACGGGCCGAGUCCGAAGUCGCUGCUCUGAACCGUCGCAUUCAGCUGUUGGAGGAAGAUCUGGAACGUUCGGAAGAACGUCUGGCUUCCGCCACAGCUAAGCUGUCAGAGGCUUCGGCGGCUGCUGACGAGAGCGAACGUGCACGCAAGGUUCUUGAGAACCGCUCGCUCGCCGAUGAAGAACGCAUGGACGCUCUUGAGAACCAACUGAAGGAGGCCCGCUUCAUGGCUGAGGAAGCCGACAAGAAAUACGAUGAGGUCGCCCGUAAAUUGGCCAUGGUUGAAGCCGAUCUGGAGCGCGCUGAAGAGCGUGCCGAAGCCGGUGAAGCUAAGAUCGUCGAGCUUGAGGAGGAACUGCGCGUUGUCGGUAACAACCUGAAGUCGCUUGAGGUCUCGGAAGAGAAGGCUAUGGCAUCACGUGAUUCGGUCGAAGAUAAAAUCCAUCAAUUGAACGAAAAGUUGACCAAUGCUGAGGCUCGUGCUGAAUUCGCUGAACGUUCCGUUCAGAAGUUGCAGAAGGAAGUCGACAGACUCGAAGACGACCUAAUGCACGAGCGUGCCAAGAACAAAAUGCUUCAGGAGGAGAUGGAAGCAACCCUGCAUGAUAUUCAGAAUAUGUAAAAUACACAGCUCCCAUCGCGCAUUGUCGUGAGCAAUUCGUUGUAUCGUAACCAGCAUUCCGGAAUCCAGAGAAUCCAGCGAGCAGAGUGUUCAAUGAGAUAUAACGAACUUCCUCAGUUCUCGGAUGCCCUCUUAGAGUUAGUUUCCUUCUCUCGCAAAUACUGUCAAAAAAGACAUUCACAGUUUCAAUCAGGAGGAAUCGAGAAAGGAUUUAUCGUGCACAAAAAAAAACGUCUAGUUAAGAAAACAGACAAGCAAAAAAGAAAACACGCCGCGUUCAAAUACACACAUUCGCUGCAAAAUUUGGGCGUGUGCAAAUUACGAAACUUCUACCAAUCGUGAACGGUAGUGUUUCGGGGCAGCUUAAAUAUUAUUACAAUAUACAAAAGACACCAGAUUCAGAGAUGAAAUUACUGUACAUUCACAAGAACAAAAAAGGGUAAAUGGGUAAAAGAAACAUUCCAAACCAAGUAAAUUUUUGAGACCAAUCAAAAGUGAAAGACAUUUUGCUUCUGUUUAGCAGCAAUUAGAGAAGUAAUCGAAGAAGAUACGCAGCCGCCUUCAAGCCUAUAGGAUAUAAUUGUUACUGCCUACUACGAUUAUUAUUAUUACGAACACUACUCAUCCCUGCAAUUUAUUAUUAUUAUUACUUUUCAAAAUCGAGAGUUGAUCAAAGUCUUCCCGGUAACGCUUUUCAGUUCAACCGAAUGCAUUUAUCAAUCAGAACAAGAAAAAAAAGAUACACUGUUCGAGUUUAGUGUGUAUUAGUAGGUGGUGUCAACAAGACAAUUUGAUAAGUAAAAAAUGUGUGCGUUGAAUCAACCAAUAAUAAUAAAUUGCACAAAAAACACUGUGAGAAAACGGGGAAAAAAAAUUUCAAGAUUAUUCCGAUAUGAAAUGCGUAGAAUUUUAAGUAGAAGUAUUGCAAGUUGCCAGUCGAUGGAACACACGCGUUUGUUGAGAGAAAUUGUCAUCAACAAUAACCACAACAGGGGAGGAAUACACAGCGCAAAAAAAAAACGCAGAUAUGUAGUUAGAAGUAAAGUAUGAUUAUUUUGUCCUUCUGUCAGAAUCCAUAUUAUUUACCCUUGUCGUGUUUUAUUCCGUUAAGGUUUUUAUUUCACUUCCUUUAUUCCUUAAUUUUAUUACGUCCUUCUAUACAUUUUUUUUGCAAUAAGUUCAUUCUUAUAUUUUAGAACGGAAGUUAAAGCAUGGACAAAUAAUUUAUCAGCCAGGAAGUUUUUAAAUAAUUUUAAGACACAACAUGAGAUAUUCCAGACGAACAAGAAUGUUGUAGGUGGCGAAAAGCCGGUCGAGAAUCCACUGCGCAGUGCCUUCGAUAUCACCACAUAGAUUCGAUCGGUUUAAGUUGCAAUUUCGUCUGAAAAUUGUGUGGCAUAGCCAUUUCGAGAAUAUUUUCUUUUUGUUUUGAUCAUUCAAAUUACGCUGGCGAUGUUUAAGUAACGUAUACAAUUUGAUUUCAACCAGCCCAUUUGCGUUUCUGUACACUUUCAGAAGACACAGGAAGAAUAGAGUAGUUUCAAUGUCCUAUCAUAUACACGCGCUCCACAAUCAUCGAUGUAAUGCUACAAACCGGAAUUCAUUCGAACAUUUAUUUUCCUUACCCAAGCGACAACCGGCAACAACAAAAUAAUAUCGCAUUGAGUGUUUAUAAUAAUAUAUUAUUUUAUUUAAAGUCGAGUA